AUUCAUCCCUCCCUCUCUCUCUCUCUCUCUCUCUAUUUUAUCCCCCUUUGCUCUCCGUCUUCCGCUCCUUACUCCUCCGCCGAGUCCCGGCGGCGAUAACUCUUCCCCGAUCUCAGCCUACUUUAUCUUCUCCGAUCUACGGCCUCGAAUUUUCACAGAUCUUUGACGGUUCCGUCACCAGAUUUAUCCCAUCCGGCAACUUCCGAUCGCUUUUUAAAUCUUUUUAUAUUCUCUUUAAUUUAAAAUCAUCAGAAAACUCUUUUAUUUUAUUUUUAUCGAGAAAACUUUUUUUUAUUAAUUUUUGUCCGUGUCCGCUUAUUUUUCUCGACAAGUCAUGCCUUUGACGCUUUUCACCUCAGAUGAAACGUAAUUGACAUUUCUGCCCUUUCUUUUCUACUUAAUCCGAUAACCACGUGGCAUCAUCUGAAGAAAAGUAAUCAAAUGAGUCAAAACCACCACCACGCGCACACAGUUCAAACGACGGGCGCGUCGAGGAAACGCAAGGACACGACGGAGAGUGGUUUGGAUAUUGAUCCAAGAGCCACUCCGGCUGCAUCGAACUGGGUCUUGGCCGGCUACAUGGCUCACGAGUUCCUCACGUGCGGGACUAUGUUGGGCCGGAAGCUAUAUCCUGGAUGGGCUGAAGUUGGGCCGUUGGACACGCCGUCGCCCCAACAACAACACAGGGAAGUGAAGAAGAAGAAGACUGACCAGAGCUACUCUGACGUCUCGAGUGUGUUCAAGACAGAUGGGAUCCAUAUUCCUGGUGUGGUUAACCCGACCCAGCUUGCUAAAUGGAUUCAGAUGUAACUAUAUAUAUCAUCAUUGCCAUUAGCUUUUCCUCUUUUACUUAUGAUCGUCUCUUUGUAUCGUUUAUGAUCUUUCAACAUGUUACUAAUAGUUUGAUAAGUAAUUGUUAGUCUUGUGUUCA